AUCGCCAAAGCCACUUCGGUGACUCGGAAUCUUCGCUCAACAUCCCAGUCUUGCCCGACACUCCCAACUAUCGCCGCCGCCCACCCCUCCCCUCCCAUUCCGGGUUGGAUGUGCAGCAGCUCGGCCAAGAAUGUGAACGCACAUCGCAGACCCCACCAUGCGGCCGGGACGGUGCUCAGCGCGCGGCAGAUCACCAGAGGCAGGUACCAUUUGCGAUCCACGCCUAGGAUGACAGCCACGCGGGGGUGA